AUGAUAGGUGAGAAUCUGACGUGUCUCGCAGGCGACCACAAGGUCUCACCCGAGGUGUCGUGGUUGGACAGCGUACCUCAGGACGAAUACCGAUCUCAAGUGGUAGAUGUCCUUGCAAAUACGAUGAACAAUUGCCUGGCCGAACUUGGAUAUCACCCAGAUUUCACACAGCAGUUGCAGACCAUUCAUGAGUGGAAUAUACGACUCAGGAACGAAAAUGCAAAGCUGUUCCAGGAUAACAAAAAGCUUGCUCAGCUAAUUGGAAUGCAAAAUGAACGGAUCUCUAAGACCGUUCCGAACAUACCCCUUAACCAAGGCGUCGCGGAUCUACAGAUACGUCUACAGGCAGUAGAGUUGAACCGUCAAGAACUAUUGAAUCAACAUCAUGCCGCCUUGGAGGAGAUAGGCUUCUUACGACAAGAAGUUGCCCGGCUCAACCGAAUGCUACGCGUACGAUUAACAUCGACGUCUGGUUCUUCCCAAGUUCCAGUUCAGACACAAGUACCACCCCAGACUCACAUCCCAGUCCACACGCACAUCUCGCAAACGGGCUUCCUUCCGAUGUACGACGCAGGGAAUCAAAUUCUGGACGCGCCGUGCCGACGAUACAGUGUCUUUGAAAGUCUAUGUGUCAAUUCUGGUCUUCUUUUCCAUACAGCCCUGGAGACGUACAAAACAUGGUUUGAAGUGAUCGCCAAAGAGCACUGGGUGAGCUUUCCGAGCCAUGUCAUGCUGUACCAUGGUACUCAUCCUUUCCUCAUCCGGAGGUGCUGGAAGAUAACGGGAAAGAACCAUUGGCUGCUUGCGCUACUGACAGCGCUAGCAACUUCUACAUUCGCUGCCAACAUAUACCUGGUAAGACGACUCAACCAACUAUUAUGCUGA